UGAAUGAUGCAUUGUGGGAUUGGAUGCUAUUGACAUAGCGACAGGAUUGUCGAUUGAAGAACAGUCUUGUUUUCAUCAAUAACUUUGGGGGAUUUGUCAUUUCAGCAGCUGCCAUGAACGGGUCAGUGGCCAAGAAGACCCAAGACACUUUAGGGAGAGUUAUAAAGAAACCGCCGCUUACUGAAAAACUGCUCAGCAAACCACCGUUUAGGUAUCUGCACGACAUAUUCAGUGAGGUGAUCCGGACCACUGGCUUCAUGAAGGGACUCUAUGCAGAGACUGAGAUGAAGUCAGACAAUGUCAAGGAUAAGGAUGCUAAGAUAGCGUUCCUGCAGAAGGCCCUAGAUGUGGUGAUGCUGGUGAACGGCGAGCCCCUCUCGGUCAAGCCAGCGCGCAUUGUAGCCGGCCAUGAGCCUGAGAGGACCAACGAGCUGCUACAGGCCAUCGCCAAGUGCUGCCUCAACAAGCUGUCCAGUGAGGAGGCGGUAAAGCGGGUGCUGGCCGGGGACAAGCUGGACCCCAAGGGGAAGGCCAGCUCCUCCCGGUCCCAGGACAAGGAGAACAGGGAGGGACGAGAGCGCCAACGAGACCAAGUGGAGAAGGCGAUCCGAGAGCACAGCCCCGGGGGUUGGGAGCAGAAGGACCCAGACCUGCCCAAAGAGCAAGAGGGCAGACGGGGCGACAAGGAAAAGGAGCGCCACCGCGAGAGAGAAAGGUCAAAAAAGAGCCGCGAUCGAGACCGUACCAAAGACCGUGGCAAGGACAAGAGCCGGGACAAAGACAAUGAAAGAGAGAAAGACCGAGAACGAGACAAGGAGAGCGAGAGGGACAGAGACAGGGAAAAGAGCAAAGACAAGGAGUUGCACAGAGGGAGAGAUCGAGAGAGGGAUAAGGAGAAAGAUUUAGACCGGGAUAAACGGCGAGAGAAGGAGAGAGAGCUCAGACACAAACAGGGGGAGGAGAAAACCAAAGUGCCAGAGAAGGGUGACAAAAAGGCCAGAGUGUCAGAGGACACAAAACACAGACCACAUCAAGAGGAGCCCAGUAAAACUGCCAAACCUGAACCAGCGGCUGAAGAUGAUGAACAGGAGCCUAUUGAAGAUGCAUCUGAAGAGUCUGAUAGUCCAGCCAGAAUACCUCGGCCUUCAUCUGCCAAGGGCCAGAGGCGCUGGCCCAAAGCAGGAGCCCAACAAGAAGAGUUUGACAGUGAAGAUGGAGACACUCCGUUGGCACAGAGGCCGGUUCCCCUGGAGAACGGAGAUGCCACAGACGCAGUGCCAGCCCACAUGGCCCACAGGAGGAUACCUCGGCCCAGCAGCGCCCGGCCCGCCCCUCCUCGGGUCAAGACGCAGGAGAGCUACACUGACGUGACCCCAGCUGAAAGGCUGACCAGUGCCAAGCCCCCGGCGGCCGUCAUCACGGAGGGGAAGAAGCUUUCUGAGGAUGAAGAUGAACAGUUUGUGGUGUUGGAGGCAGUCCCUCUUCCCCCCGACAUGCCCGAGAUGGAGCCAACAGUGGAUCUCCAAGGCGAUGAGAAUCAUGGUGGGCUGGUGAAAAAAAUCCUUGAAACCAAGAAAGACUUUGAAACAUCACCAUCAUCUCCAAAGUCCCAAGACCAGACCCAGAGCCUGGUGUCAGAGGUGUCCAGGAAGAAGGAGCGGGACCUGGUGUCUAAGGAGAUUGAGCGGCUGCGCUCGUCCAUCCAGACGGUGUGCCGCAGCGCCUUGCCCCUAGGCAAGAUCAUGGAUUACAUCCAGGAGGACAUGGACGCCAUGCAGAACGAGCUGCACACCUGGAGGAGGGAGAACAAGGAGCAUGGGCAGGCCCUGCUGCAUGAACAGAGAGUCACGGACAGCGCGGUGGAGCCUCUGAAGGCCGAGCUAGCCGAGCUUGAACAGUUGAUCAAGGAGCAGCAGGACAAGAUCUGCGCCGUCAAGUCCAACAUCCUGAAGAAUGAGGACAAGAUCCAGAAGAUGGUAACCAGCAUCAACUUCUCCACGCGAAUAUGAGGGGGAGCCAAGGUCCAAAUAAAGGAUUAUCGCCCCUAAAAAAGGACCGAGCAUUCAGGGUGAGCCUGGUUCUUACUUAGUCUGGUGAAGUCCGCAAUGGAGGCCUCGACUGCACUUUUACACACACACCCACACUGACUGACUGGUUAGGGGAGAGAGGGUUCGAAUUCAACCCCCUAGGGAGGGAGAGAGACGCAUGUUAUUUUGCUAGUACUCCAUCCACUUUAAGGUGAUUGACACACCUUUACUACACUGAACAAAAAUAUAAACGCAACAUGUAUAGUGUUGAAUCCCAUGUUUCAUUAAAUUAAAAUAUCCAUACGAACUAAUAGCUUGGUUCUCUCAAAUGUUAUGCACAAAUUUGUUUAGAUCCCUGUUAGUGUGCUUUUCUUCUUUUCUCCUCCAUUUCUCCAUCCAGCUUACAGGUGUGGCAUAUCAAGAGGCUGAUUAAACAGCACGAUUAUUACACAGGUGCACCUUGUGCUGUGGACAAUAAAAAGCCACUUUAAAAUGUGCAGGGUUGUCACACAACACAAUGCCACAAAUGUCUCUACUUUUAAGGGAGCGUGCAAUUGGCAUGCUGACUGCAGGAAUGUCCACCAGAGCUGUUGCCAGAGAAUUUAAUGUACAUUUCUCUACCAUAAUCUGCCUCUAACAUUUGACAGUUGUUCCAAACAGUCUCACAACUGCAGGACACGUGUAACCACGCCAGCCCAGGACCUGCACAUCUGGCUUCUUCACCUGCAGGAUUGUCUGAGGAGGGGUGGGAGGGAUGGUGAGAAGUAUUACUGUCUGUAUUAAAGCCUUUUUGUGGGGAAGAAUCAUUCUGAUUCGCUGGGCCAGGCUCCCCAAUGGGUGUGUCUAUGCCCCUUCAGUCCCACCCAUGGCUGCAACUCUGCCCAGUCAUAUGAAAUCCAUUAAUUAGGGGAUAAUGAAUUUCUUUCAAUUGACUUAUUUCCUUAUAUGAACUGUAACUUAGUCAAAUCUUUGAAAUUGUUACAUAUUGCGUUUUAUAUUUUUGGUCCGUAUCGUGUUUUUUGACAUUACAAUGUAUAUGCGUUGUGGGAAUUAAGGCUUGACAUUGGAGUUCUUUUACAGCUUCAAGCAAAGGGCACAUGGACCAAGCCAAUACCCUCCACAUCUACUUGAUCCACAUUUGAUACAGAUAUCUGUCAUUUUUUAACAUGUCUGUCUAUUAACAAUUCUGUUUACCUGAAGCUUCUUCAAAGUCUGUACAAAGCAAUAGAUCUGAGGUUUGCUGAGGAGCUAGGGACGCCACGAGCAGAAGACAUGGCAGUCCUUUGACUCUUCCUUCUGUCAACCACUAUGCUUGUCCCAGAUCUGUUUGUGCGUUCUGGCCAAGGUCAGCAAGACAUAAAAAACAGGCCUGGGAUCAGGCUAGUCGAGCACCACUGUGCUUUGAGAAAUUGGGUUAGUAUAGAACUGUGUCCACUCAUUGAAAGAGUAGCGUUGAAGUUAAAAGUAACAUGACACUUUCAUAGAUAAAAAAAA